CACUCCUGUCAUUAGAGCGUUUCUCCCUCAGCGGUAUGGCCGGGUCUCUGUACAGGCUGUGCCAUCUCCCUCCUGAGGCUGCUUCCCAAACAGUCGAGGAGCGUGGCAAAUGGGGCAGCAAAAAGGAGUUCAUCCUGUCUGUGGCUGGUGCUAUCAUUGGACUUGGAAAUAUAUGGAGAUUUCCAUAUCUGUGCUACAAGAAUGGUGGUGGUGCAUUCUUCAUCCCUUACAUACUGUUCCUUGUGGCCUGUGGCAUCCCACUGUUCCUACUGGAGAUAGCACUGGGCCAGUACACCAGUCAGGGUGGUGUCAUGUGCUGGAGGAAGGUCUGCCCCUUGUUUGAAGGCAUUGGAUACGCCAGCCAAAUUAUCAUUUUCUAUGGAUGUAUCAGCUACAUUGUGAUCUUAGCCUGGGCGUUUCUCUACCUUUUCGCUUCCUUCUCUGGCGAGCUGGCAUGGGCCACCUGUAAUAACACAUGGAAUACAGAUUCUUGUGUGGUAUUGAACAACUAUAAUGCCACUGCUAACUGGACCGCGCCUGUGAAUGCAACAUCGUCUGUUAUAGAGUUUUGGCAACGACGGGUGCUGAAUAUAUCCACUGGCAUAGAGGCCAUGGGAAACAUACAGAUGGACCUUUCUUUGUACCUUCUUCUGGCCUGGGUCAUCUGCUACUUCUGUGUCUGGAAGGGAGUGAGAUCCACAGGAAAGGCGACCUACUUCACAGCCACAUUCCCCUUCGCCAUGUUGGUGGUGCUGUUUAUCAGAGGAAUGACUCUUCCUGGAGCCUUCCACGGUAUCAAGUACUACCUGUACCCCAAUCCUGCACGGCUCGCUGACCCACAGGUUUGGAUGGAUGCUGGAACUCAAAUAUUUUAUUCCUAUGCCAUAUGUUUGGGAUGCCUGACAACGCUUGGGAGCUACAACAAGUACAACAACAACUGUUACAAGGACUCCUUCUAUCUUUGCUUGUUGAACAGCGGGACCAGCUUCAUCUCUGGCUUCGCCAUUUUCUCAGUUCUGGGCUACAUGUCACAAAAACAGGGUGUCGACAUUUCUUUAGUUGCUGAGUCAGGCCCUGGCCUUGUAUUCAUCGUCUACCCACAAGCUGUGACCCUUCUGCCGUGUCCUCAAGUCUGGUCCGUGUGCUUCUUCACCAUGAUCAUCUUGUUAGGAAUAGACGGACAGUUUGUUGGGCUUGAAAGCAUCAUGACCUCUCUGUCGGAUAACUACCCUUCCCAGAUCCGAAAGGGAUACCGCAGAGAGCUUCUUCUGAUGUUAAUCUGUGCUGUUUGCUACGUGUUUGGCCUCUUAUUGGUGUCACAAGCUGGCGCAUACAUCCUGCAGAUCUUUGAUCACUACGUUUGCAGUGGUCCCUCUCUUCUUCUGAUGGCAAUCUUCCAGUCAGUGGUUAUUGGAUGGAUUUAUGGUGCUGAACGCUUCUAUGACAACAUUGAGGACAUGAUUGGGUACAAACCUCUAUCACUGAUCAAGUACUGCUGGAUGUAUGCCACCCCUCUCACAUGCAGUGGCACACUUGUGUUUUUGCUCCUGAAAUACACCCCCCUGAGGUUCAACAACUCCUAUGUGUAUCCUUGGUGGGCGUACUGGAUCGGCUGGUUUCUGGCCAUGUCAUCUCUUACGAUGAUUCCAGUCACCAUGGUCUGCAAACUGGCCAAAGGAAAAGGAACUCUCUGGCAGCGUAUCAAGACAAGCUCCCGACCUGCAGGUAAUCUUCCAGUGAUGACAAAGGAAAUGGCAAGCAUCAGCGCCUCACUGCAUGUCCCUGAUGGCGGGCAAAACGGCGAUGUGUAAUGAAAUGUCAAUCCUUUAAAAAUAACUUCUAUUUUAA